GAAGAUCCUUUUACCUAUGCGUUAAGCUCAAACGAGGCCUGGGCUGGCUACAAGCGCCAUCAGAACCCGGCCUUUUUUGAAAGAUUGGCCGCUGGGCAAUCACCUUCAAUCCUUUGGAUAGGCUGCUCCGACUCGCGAUGUCCUGAGACCACGAUCCUAGGCCUGCAACCCGGCGACGUCUUCGUGCACCGCAACAUCGCCAACAUCGUUUCGCCGACGGAUAUCAACACUACCGCCGUCAUUGAAUAUGCCGUCGCCUUUCUGAAAGUCCAACACGUCGUGCUCUGCGGUCACUCGUGCUGCGGCGGCGGCGCGGUGGCCGCUCUAGGCAAUACGCCUCUUGGCGGCGUAUUGGACAUCUGGCUCACGCCCCUUAAAGUCAUCCGCAUGGCGAACCAGUCAGAGCUGGACGACAUCAAGGAUGAGAAGGCCCGUGCGGUUCGCAUCGCAGAGCUUAAUGUCGAGGCGGGGGUUAAAGUCCUCAUGGCCAAUGCGACGAUUCAGGAACACAUUCGGGAUCGCGGAUUACAGGUCCAUGGUACGCUAUUUGACAUUGCUUCGGGUAAGAUCAAUGACCUUGGUUUUGGUACUGGGAAUCCCAAGCCAAAGAUGAGAACCGGCCUCGGUGGGAAUGCGGCCGGGCGACAUGGCGCACUUGUUUUCAGGGCCGAUGGCGCCAGAAUGGAAGCCCGUUAG